GUUACUUCCAAUCUGCCCUCCAAUGAAUAGUGAAAAAGCAGCUCUCUACGCUAAGAAUUCACGAGCUCAGUUUUUUUGGAACACUGCUUUUCUGUCAGAAAUAGCGUGGAACCGUUCUCACAAUACAAAGGUUGUGGACAUCGGAUGUGGCACUGGAGAGACUACGAAAACUCUACUGGCAACCAGAGACGAAGUAGAAAGCGUUUUGGCGUUUGACAUUUCCAGCAACAUGAUAGACUAUGCAAGCGAGCACAACAGUCAUGAAAAAAUCGUUUACAAAGUCGGAAAUAUUGAAGACAUCGAUCUGGUUACUAAACUGGAGGGUCAAGCUGCUGUGUGCAAACGUGGAUCGUUUGAUCGAGUGGUAUCUCUCAACGUGCUGCACUGGGUGAAAGAUCAGACGGUGGCACUGAAGAAUAUUGUCUCAUUUCUACGACCUGGAGGAGACUGUUUGUUAGUAUUUGGGUCUAAGCCUUCUCCUGCUUUCCUACACGCUAAAACAGAGAUUCUAAAGAGUGAAGCCUGGAAGGACAUGAUUCAUGAUGACGUCAACUGGAGACAUGGAAGGAAUUCGCAAUGGUUGAAGUAUAGUGAAUGGCGGCUGCCCGAUCCAGCUGAUGGUUAUUGACGUCUGUGUGAAAAGGAAGGACUAGUUGUUACAAAAUCAGAGGUGCAGGAGGUGAAGUACACUUUUGUGAGUGUUGAGGAGUGUAAGGGUGUAUUGCAGUACCUGUUGCCUCACGUACAACAGAUUCCUAAGGAAUUGGUACCUAAAUUUAUGGAUGAUGUGUAUGACUUAUUCCAGUCGGUGUGUAUGAAAGAUACGAAUGGCCAAUGUCUUUGUGUCUCGAUUUAUUGCAUAGGCAUUUUGUACUGCAUUUUUUGCAUAUUUCUUUUGUGGUUGAAUGCUGUAUACACUGCUGUACAACAUCUGGAUCUACUAUCCAAUUGCAUGGUCCACUAUCAAAAUUCUAUAGGGAUGCCACUUUCACUUGACGCCACUUCCUGCACUCACAUGUGCUUGACACUCACUGUCUCUAUUGUGGGGAAAGGCUUGCGUGGUAAGUGAGUGCUGUGAUGGUGUUUAUCCCUGUGCCGCCUUAUCAUCUGUAGAUUGCAGCACCCACUCAAAUAUGGUACACUCUUGUAUUAUAUUAAAUCUUGUGUUUUUCUUUCUUUUGCUUUCAUGUCUGAUACAUCAAUCUUUCUUUUAUUGUGCUCUUGCGGCACUCUGCAUGCACCUGGACUGUGAUGCGAUACAA